UUUGCUGUGAACUAGAAUGGACGAGUCUUUGGUUUCCGCGGACGGGAAGAAUUCUCGGGCUGUGCUGUGUCAGCGGUGCGGCUGCCGGGUCUUGUCGGCGGGAAUGGCUACCCUAGCGAAGAGAGAGCUGCUUCUGCCCUCAAUGAAGAAGAAAUCCUCCUUGGCUGAAGAUUCCAAUCCUGAUUGUGAGCUGCUUGUUGAGCACUGGUUGGUACAUGACAUGUUUACCUUUGAGAAUGUGGGAUUCACGAAAGACGUGGGAAGUGUAAAGUUCUUGGUAUGUGCGGACUGUGAAGUGGGACCUAUCGGUUGGCACAGCCUAGAGGAGAAGAGCAACUUUUAUGUAGCACUGGAACGUAUUCGGCAUGAGUGAAAGACACAACCACUGUCCAUAAGGGAACUGUAAAAAUGAAAAAUGAAAUUUAUAGCAUAUGUAUUCUGAUGAGUUACAGAUGGGCUGCUAUACAUCAGUGCCAUGUUUGUUUUACAAGUACUGUUUACAAAGUCCAAAGUGUCUCUUCGAAGUAACAUGUUCCAUGGUUGUCUUUGUGCUCUGAUUACUGUAUUCUAA